UGGUGAACUGUGAAUCAAUGUGAUCGAGUGAUGGUGGUGGCGGCGAGUGAUUUUUUAUUUUUUUUUGUGGUUCUGUUUGUUAUUCUUCACUUCUACAUUGAUGCUUUCUUUCUUGUUUAAUAUGAUAUUUUAUUUUAUUUUCAUUUAUUUUUUUGUAUUUGAAAAAUGGUUUCUUGAAGAAAUGGAAAUGGAGGUUCUUGCCUUCUUGGGGAGGCUGAUAAUGAGGCAUUGGGGAUUCUUUUUUGUGGUCUCUUUGUUUCGUUGAUUGGAUGAAGUUCUGUUUCUGGGUUUUUAGAUAAACUGAUUGUUUUCCGUGGGUUCGGUCUUUCUGGGAAAAUAAAGCCCUUUUAUUUGUUUUGGAGGAUCUUUAGGUCAGCGUUUGUUAUCUAUCUUGGAUCUUCUAGGUUUUGGGUUUGAUUUAUUGAUGGGGUUUUGUUUUUCUUGGGCCUUGCAAAGUGGGAAGUAUACAAGUCCGUGAUCAGUGAUAAAUUUCUUUUCAUUUUUCCUACAUUUUCUCUGCUACCAAACAGAACUUUAGGGUUUUGAUAAAUGGUUUGAUUGGAUUAGUUCUGUUAUCACUUGGUGGAUUCUCUUUCUCUGACUCUGUCUGUUGCCUACUGAUGCCUGUUUUCCCACUUAGAUACGGAGAAAUUGCACGUUUUCCUGCAAAAGUGCCCCCGAUAUAUAUACCUGUGGGUAGUUGCAUUUAGGAUCUAGUUUGGGCUGUGUUUGGCUAACAAGAAAAUUGGUGGAAAGAUAACAAGAAUAAAUUUGAAUUUUGGCUGUCUAGUUGCUAAGAAAAAAAUUAACUCAGAUAAAUAAUUGUGUAUGUUUAUUUAAUCAUAUUUAUCUGUUUUCUUGGGGAACAAAAAAUAAAGGAAAAAUAUGUUAGGGAAUUCGAAUGUACUGGAGAAAGGUGAAAUGCAAGAAGAUUUUCCUCCCUAUUUUCCUUAGAUAAAUGUAAGGAAAGUUCAAAAAAUGUUUAUUCCUCAACAAUUUAAUAUUCUUUCCCUGAACUUUUUCCACAGGUAACCAAGAGAAAAUUUUGUAAAUAUACUUACCUUUUUCCUUCCUUACUCUUUUCCUCUAUAUUUUCUUUUCCUCAAGCUCUCGGGGUACCAAACAUAGCCUUUGUCUUCCUCCUUACUCUCAGUUCACAGUAGGGGUUUGUUUUUCUUUUUUCUGAUUUUUGGGUUUUGAUAUGUUUCCACAAUUUCUCAGUUCGUGUUGAUUUUAUUUUCUAAUUCUUUUCCUUCUUUAAAUGUAACAUUUACACAGUUGCUGUGUUUAUUAUAUGACAAAGACUGCACACUGGACUCCCUUAAGCUUAUAAUGAAUGCAUAUUUCGGUCCUUUUGGCAGUCGCUUGAUCAUUCUCAUAUCUGAGACUCUGACCACUGGACUUGGAGAAGUUGUUGGCUUGGCUUGCUGAAGUUUAAUCUGUUUUCAGCAAAACUAGCAGAAGCUCUGAAAAAGAUUCCACUUAUUUUGUUCCUAUGGCGACUAAUGAAAAUCUUCCACCAAAUGUAAUAAAGCAACUUGCAAAGGAGUUAAAGAAUCUUGAUGAAACCCCUCCUGAGGGCAUUAAAGUAGUUGUAAAUGAUGAUGAUUUUUCAACUAUAUUUGCUGAUGUUGAAGGCCCAGCUGGGACUCCAUAUGAGAACGGUGUUUUCCGGAUGAAGUUGUUAUUGUCUCAUGACUUCCCUCAUUCCCCUCCUAAAGGCUACUUCCUGACUAAGAUUUUCCAUCCAAACAUUGCAACCAAUGGUGAGAUCUGCGUCAACACACUCAAAAAGGAUUGGAACCCAAGCCUUGGACUGCGACAUGUCCUCAUUGUGGUCAGGUGUUUGCUGAUCGAACCAUUUCCAGAAUCAGCCUUGAAUGAACAGGCUGGCAAGAUGCUGCUUGAAAAUUAUGAGGAGUAUGCCAGGCAUGCAAGGAUUUACACUGGAAUUCAUGCCCUAAAGCCAAAACCCAAGUUUAAAACAGGAGCUAUUUCUGAGUCAACCACAGCCCUGAAUGUUGACCAAACGAACAGCUCAGUUCUUAAUGUUGAGCAGAAGAACACAGCAUUACAAUUGCCACCAUCCUCCUUGGCCACAUGUAUGACAGCAGGCGGCGGUAAAGGAGGAGGAAAUGGUCAGGCUCCAACCACUGAAACAGGAGUUAGUGGAUCUGCUGCAGCAACACCACAUAAGAAGGAAAGUGGAUUGGCAAAAGUUCAGGCAGACAAGAAGAAGAUGGAUGCAAGAAAGAAAAGUUUGAAGAGAUUAUGAAGUUGGGAGAAACGGUUGCAAAUUUCUGUGUUUGGGAGUUUCUGACUGAACCUUUGUUGUUUAUUUCAUAGACAAGGGGUGACAGUCAUAAAAGUAUUGUGCAAUGGAUAUUUCCCUUGAUUAAUGUUAAUUGACCUUCCUCUC